GUGUCGAUCGGAUACACCUGUACACGGAACUGGAAAGACGAAGCUUUUGCCGCCCUUAAACACCUUAAAGCAUUUCUUUAAUUCAGUAAUAGAGUAAUAGAAAAGAAACCAUGGGUUCGGGAAGUUCGAAAAGUUCGUCAACKUCUGGUAAGGAUGGAGAAAAUUGGACAAAGAAAGUAUAUUUUCAUCCCAACGCUGAUGAAAAUGUCGCUUUCAAAACUUUUGCUGAUGGUGAUUUAAGGUCGAGACUGAAGGAUGCAAUUGAAAAAGAAGAAUCGAUUGAAAGAAUCUGGGUCUAUAAGUGUCCUAUUUGGCAUUGGCAACCAAGAGGACCAGUUGCUCCCCUUUGUCACCAGUUUGUCGYGUUUGAAACGAGAUGUUGGUGGUGGUGUAUUGAGAAGAAUGACGAGGGAAUCACAAUUCAGAGGGGGAAAGCACUUAAAAAAGUCAAGGAUCUAUACAGAGGAAAAGCUAGGCCUUAUGACAUAGUUGUAAUUAGCAGCGAUAAGGGAAGAAAGACCAUGGAUGAACUGGUAGACUGGCUUUUUGUAAAAGACGAAUUAAACAAAAAGUACCACCAUCUUGGAAACAACUGCCAUGAUUUUGCCAAGAGGGUAUUUGACGAGUUUGCCAAAACAGAGACUCAUUAUAUCCUUGGCUGAUCCACAUCAGAAGUCAUACCUAGCACUUCAGUUGUACUAUUGAGGACUAUAAGGAACACUCUUGCAGACAAACUGAAUUAUUUUAACUGGGAAAACGAUGCUUUCACUUACUACUUUGCUUUAUUAGAUGUCAAUUAUGACUGUGAAAAUAAGCACUUUUAAAACGAUAUAACUAAUAAAAGUGUAAUUCUUCAA